CUGUGCAGUGUGUGCCUGUGGCUGAAUGCGGCCCGUGAACAGGAAAUGGCGGAGCAGACAUCCCAUUCUGAGCGCGUUCCUCACCGUCGCCGGCCAGCCCCCCGGCCCCCUCGUGGUGCCAAUGACAUUUACGUCAACACAAAGACCGACUUCCGCGCCCAGCUGGCCCGAUGCCGCCGUCUCCUGGGCACUGGGGGACAGAAGGAACUGAGGGUUCACGGAUUGGGCCUCGCCAUCGGCCGGGCUAUCAACCUAGCGCUGCAACUUCAGCUGUCGGCACCCAAGGCCCUUCUGAUCUCCGCCAGUACAUCCACAGUGGAGCUGACUGACGAUUUGGAGCCUGAGGGUGGAGAGGACGCAGAGCCAGGCACCCGGAGCAGGAACAACUCGGCCAUUCACAUCCGCGUGUACCGAGCGCAGGAAGAGUGAAAGAAGCUCCAGGGUUUGGGAUUUU